AUGCUACCAGAAGAUAUUGUUUUACAAUUGAAAAAGAAUGGUUUCUUUGACAGUUUACGAAAACAGUUACUAACGGAAUUUCAAAUGAGUGAUGCAGGUCAGCAAUUUUCCGACAAGUUGAACAACUUUAUAGAGAAUAAAAUAGAGAACGAUCCCAGUCUAUUAGAAAGGAACUCUUCCAGCUUUUACGAACAUAUAUCAAGCGAGAUCGAAAAGUCAGAUACGUAUACUUCCUUGCGAGAUCAAAUAUUGGAAACAUUGAAACGAAGUGAUUUUCAAGAUAAAAUCGAUGAAGAAAUACGCACUGUAACUGAAAAAGCAGAAGCUGAUGAGCAGUAA